UGAUCAUUCGAUUGAUCCAUCCAAAGUUUUCCAAUCAAGCAUUGGAAUCGAUAGUUCUUAUUUGGAACAAUGACGCAAGAUGUUGAGAUGAAAGAGCAACAGGUCCCUGCAGCUCCUUCUAAUUCGGUUUCAUCUACGGCUCCUUCUAUUCUACAGCAUUUGAAGGAAAUUGCUGCACUGAUUGAGACUGGAGCUCAUGCUCGUGAAGUUCGUCGGAUUUUGAGGGCUAUUAGGCUAACAAUUGCGUUAAGGAGGAAGUUAAAGGCUUCUGCGAUCUCUUCGUUUCUUAAUUUUGCUCUUGCACCUGGAUCGGAAGCACACUCUCGUUUAGCUUCAUAUCUUCCAAAGGAUGAUCAGCAUGAUAUGGAAGUUGACACUGCAUCAUCUACAACUCAAGCUAAUGUAAAGCACUCCCCAGAGCUCGAGAUUUAUAGCUACUUGCUUGUGCUGAUAUUCCUGAUUGAUCAGAAAAAAUACAGUGAGGCUAAGGCUUGUUCCUCAGCAAGCAUUACCCGUUUGAAAAACUUGAACAGGAGAACAGUUGAUGUUCUGGCAUCCAGACUCUACUUCUAUUACUCUCUUAGUUAUGAACUUACCGGCAAUCUCUCCGAAAUUCGUGGUAAUCUCCUAGCUUUGCACCGGGUUGCAACGUUGCGUCAUGAUGAGUUGGGGCAGGAAACGCUCCUCAAUCUGCUACUUCGCAAUUACCUCCAUUACAAUUUGUAUGAUCAAGCAGAGAAGCUGAGAUCGAAGGCACCACGUUUUGAAGCUCAUUCAAAUCAGCAGUUUUGCCGCUACCUUUUCUAUCUUGGAAAGAUUAGGACGAUUCAGCUGGAAUAUACCGAUGCAAAGGAAUCCCUUCUCCAAGCUGCUCGAAAAGCCCCUGUGGCUGCUCUUGGUUUCCGGGUUCAAUGCAAUAAAUGGGCCGUGAUUGUUCGUCUGCUUCUUGGAGAGAUACCCGAACGAACUGUCUUUAUGCAGAAAGGCAUGGAGAAGGCCUUGCGGCCUUACUUUGAGCUGACAAAUGCUGUUAGAAUCGGAGAUCUUGAGUUGUUCAAAACCGUUGCCGAGAAAUUCUCCACCACUUUCACCUCCGACCGAACCAACAAUUUGAUUGUCAGAUUGCGCCACAACGUCAUAAGAACCGGACUCCGCAACAUCAGCAUCUCCUACUCCCGUAUCUCCCUCGCUGACGUGGCAACAAAGCUUAGACUCGACUCCCCAAACCCUGUUGCCGAUGCCGAGAGCAUCGUAUCGAAAGCAAUCCGUGACGGCGCCAUCGAUGCCACACUCGAUCACACAAACGGAUGGAUGGUGUCUAAGGAAACGGGCGACAUUUAUUCAACAAACGAACCUCAAAUCGCGUUCAAUUCUCGAAUCGCGUUUUGCUUAAAUAUGCAUAACGAGGCGGUCCGCGCCCUUCGGUUUCCACCGAAUUCCCACAAGGAGAAAGAAAGUGCGGAAAAGAGGAGAGAGAGACAACAGCAGGAGCAAGAACUUGCUAAACAUAUAGCCGAGGAAGAUGAUGACGAAUUUUAAUGAACUUAGUGUUUUCCAACAUCUUAAAAACUGUAUUCUCGGACAUUAUUAUCGUUGUCGAAAGCUCGGAUGUUUCGGCUACGAUUGGAAAUUACCUUUUUACCCCUUCACAUCUUUUUGAAACUUAUCUAUGGUUUCAUUUUGGAAAAAAUGGUAAUUUUUACAAAUUCUUGUGUUGCUGGAAUUUAGGUGGAUGGUGGAUGGACACCUUGGGUUCAGGAUUGCUAUGUGAAAUUACC